AUGCCCAGCACAGGAGAUACCCCAAAGAUGAACAUCUUCUAUUCGGGCGUUUUUGGGUACCAGGGCAUACAUGUGAUUAAUCUGAGGCGAGGCAGUGUCAUCGUGGAGCACGAGGUGCGCCUGCGCGAGCCCUUCUCGAACUUCAGUGGUUCCUAUGAGGCAUCCUUCAAGGACAUCCUCCAGGUCCUGCAAAAUAAUUGCACUUUCAACCAAACAGAUCAGCUCUGCUUUACUGAAGGAGCUUCUCGUGCGACUCGAGUGCCCCUGAGCCCUGAAGAUCUGUCAAAAGAAUGCAGGAACACCUCCGUGGUGGCACAAAACAUCCAGCAAUUUUACGUGGCACGAAACAUCAGUGGCAGCCUCCAGUGCGUCUCUAACUGCAGCGUUUGGCACCCCGACCCCUUCAGAUGUGUGAACGGAAACUGCUAUGUCACCCCUGAGGGGCCCAGUUGCUACUGUGAGCAGUCGGACUCCUACUGGUUCGUGGGCCGGCGCUGUGAGCAGGGCAUCAGCAAGGUGGGGGUGGCCGUGGGGGUGGCCCUGGGCCUGGCGGUGCUGCUGCUGAUCAUCCUGGUCUUGGUCGUGCUUCUCUGCUGGAGGCGCUGUUGCCCGAGGGAGAAAGGACACAGGCUGACGCAUUUGCCUCCCGAUGAAGAGAAGCGUUAUGAAAAUGAGCCCUACUGGGUGUUCCAUCCCGAACACCCUGCUCCGAGUACCCCAGCAACUGCCACAGGAGGUAUGUGGGGCAAGGUCUAGGCCAGGAAAGGGAGGCCAUGGCGGGGGUGGCAUGCCUUGGUCUCCAUGUCAACUGCUGGUCCCCAAAGUAUGCUUCUUCCCUUGCCCAGCGGGUUAAUGCAUGAAAGAAAAUACGUCAAUGGAAUUAUAGAUGGUCCAGGGUUGCAGAGGGACGUGGGUGGCGCUGUGGGUUAAACCACAGAGC